UCAACGCCAUUAUGCAAGUUUUGUUUUGAUCCCUAUAGUGGAGAUUUUCCUUCAGAAAAAACUGUGGAUUAUAAACAUAAAUAAAUUGCGAAAUAUUUAAACGAUAAUUCUUUUGGUAGUGCAUAAUAUUAUAAAUGGCAUUUGCUCUGAGAAAUCUGUUCAGUCCCAAAUGCUACAGACAAAUAUGUGCGGCAUCGCGCUGUAAUUCAAUAUACCAGGAAACCUUUUCCACUAAGAAUGCUGAUAUAACUGAAGCCGUUACAUUAGAACACCCGAAACCCAGUCCAGGGGGGACAAAAUUAGUUAUUAGCGAUUCAUGUAAGAAGCGCCUGCUGGAAAUAUCUGGCAAUGGGCGUUCUUUUCUACGCAUCACCGUGGAAGGCGGCGGCUGUUCAGGAUUUCAGUACAAAUUUGACUUAGACAGUAAAUUGAAUUGUGAUGACAUAGUUUUCGGCGAGGAAAAUGCAAAAGUUGUCAUAGACAGUAUAUCAUUGGAAUACUGUGCUGGUGCCACGGUCGACUACCAUACGGAAUUAAUACGCUCUGGAUUUCGGAUGCUAGCAAAUCCGCAAGCGGAGCAAGGUUGCUCAUGUGGUUCUUCAUUUUCAAUAAAAUUGGAUUAGAAAUAAGAACUAAAUUUCAAUUGUCGUUGUUUAUUGUGUAUUGCAGCACUUAUAUGUAGUAACUUUGUAAACGGAAUAAAAGUUAGUAUAUCAGCAUUA